CUUUGUUCUCAAACAUGGCGGAGUGGCAAGAGGUUUUGAUAAAUCUGAUGCGAGAAAAACCAAUUUUGUAUGAUAAAAGUCACCCGGAUUAUAAGGACUCGAGGAACAAGAAAAGAAAUCACUGGCAAGAUGUUUUAGAUGAAUUUAAUAAAAUUACGGACUUGGCGUGGGAUAUGUCGUCUUAAAGAUCUUGUUCUAAGGAUUACAAAUAUGUUUUUAUUAUCCUGGCCCAAAUUCGUGGAGCAAUACACAGAAUAUCUCUUUUUUAUGAAUCAUGGUAAUCAGAAGAGGCAAAUAGAAAGAAGCAAAAAGGAGAAACUUCAACGAGAACAGGUUUGCAAUUUAAAUACAUGUUUUUGUAUUUUGUUGGACAUGGAUGUCUUUAUCGUUCGCAACUUUUUAGCAAGUUGUAAAGCAAGAACAAAUGAAAUGAAACAUAUGCAAUGAGGUGGGGCACGCCCCUGAUGAGUGCCCUACGAAGAAAAAAUGCGGUGGACGAGGAAGUGCGAGAGGCUGCAGCGGACGGUGUGGUCGUCACUAAUGUCGUGGCCCGGCGGAUGGCGUGGACGUGGACGUGGCCAAGGGCGUAGAUGUGGCUUAGGGCGUGGCCAAGUUGUCAUAAACAUUUUUACAAGGUAAAACGAUUUUCAUUGAAAAUAUACCAAAUGGAAAAGGAAUAAAAAUUCACUUGAUUAAUUAAGUAGUAAAGUGUACAAAAAACUUUUUAAACGAUAUUCGCGCAGAGUAAAACGAAAACAUUCUGAUUCUGAAACUAUUCGAUCAUUCAAAAAUAAAACUUAUUUCAAAACUAUGCAAAAAAUAAAUAUGAUUUCCUUUUGUUCUCUUACAUUGUUCUUGCCAUCUUUUGCAGGGAGUUAAGACAUUAGCAAUCAAAAAAAAAGUUAAGAAAAAAAUCUCUAAAAUAUAUAUAUAUAUUCUGAAAAACAUCUUUCUUUGUCCAAUCAUUAUUACCAACAACUAUUCAUUA